AUGUGCAAUGUCUUGGAAUUCAGUUUAUCAAAAUGUUAUAGGACAGUGAAUCUCUGGGACUAUGCCCUACGAGAAGACGUCAUCCGCAGUAUCGCCAACUGCACGACCAACGACCAGGGCAACGUCCUGGCCUUAGACACAGCGCCCGUAGAGCUGUCGGAGGCGCGAGUUGAGGUUCUGGCCGUCGAGGCCCUUUGCACGCGGCGCCCGAGGUUCGUCAUCGUCCCCGAGAGAAAGACCCCGACCGAAGCCGCGGCGUUCUGCGAGCUGGCGGACUCGAGGUUCUACAUCCCAACGGAGGGCGAAUCCAACGCGAGGCUCUUCAACGACAGUCGGCAGUUCGUAGGGGCGUGCGGAGGCAAGAGCUACAAGCUGCUGUUCCUCGGGGCGACGGACGAGGAGGAAGAAGGGCGGUGGGUCCGGACACACGACAGAAGGCCCAUAUCGUACACGGCCUGGGACAGCGGCGAACCCAACGGCGGGAGGAAACGCAACUGCCUUGUGCAGAGCAAGUACAACGAGCGCUGGGGCGACGUGGAGUGCGGCCAAGAGCUGUGCUUCGUGUGCGGCAGAACGAACGCGGACUUCCUGCAGCUGCGAGGACUGUGCCACGAGGACGAGCACCAGACACGGUUUUUGCUCGACGGCUACAUCCACGGGAAGCCCUUCUUCAGAGGUUACUACACCAUGCUCAUCUUUCACUCCGGGGACAAGGAGUGGCUCCUGCAGGACACGGCGGGCAACGUCACAGUGGCCGUCCUCUCGCUCGCGCAGGAGACCGGCUUCCCCAUAGGACGGCAGACGUGGCGCAUGAGCAGCGCCCUCUGUGGCGUCCCCGCCGGCGCCGCCGUGGUGCUCGGCCUCUCGAUCUGCACGACCCAGGAGUUCAUGUGCACGGACGGUUCGUGUGUCCACCGGAGCUUGCGGUGCAACCUCCGGGACGACUGCACGGACGGCAGCGACGAGCAGAACUGCACCAUCGUCCACUUCAGCGACAGCUACCACAACCACCGCCCUCCGCCGGGCCCGAGCGUCGGCGCGCCCCUCGAGAUCGCCCCGGCCGUAGAGCUCAUCAGGUUCUCGAAGAUUGACGACAUCAACCUCGCCUUUAACAUGGAGAUCGAGGUGGCGCUCGCCUGGACCGACAGCAACGUCAGGUACAAGAACCUCAAACAGCAGGAAGGGUGGAACAAGCUGAGCAACCUCGAGGUGGAGAGGAUCUGGUCUCCCGACGUGGAGUUCCUCAACGUGAACAACGGAGAACUCUUGAGGCUAAAGAGCGGGGUCUUCGUGCAGCGACGUGGCGAGGCUGACCCGCCCAUCUUCACGGACGUCAAAAUGGACACAAUGUAUCAGGCACAAACAGGACGACUGGUACAAAGAGAACAGUAUUAUGGAAGCUUCAACUGUCACUUCGGUCUUUUCAAUUACCCGUUCGAUACCCAGAGUUGCAGCAUCCUCAUCAAACUUGCUUCGGCCGAUACCCAGGUCAUCGUGUUGAGGAACGGAUCGGUGUCCUACAGCGGGCUACACAAACUCCCCAAAUACAGCAUUCAGAAUAUUGCUUUUCAACUCAACACGCGGUCUGAUUACGCUGUUCUGGAGGUAACCUUUGACCUGGAACGUCGAUGGAGCCUGUUGGUUCUCACUAUCUUCAUGCCAACGUUUCUCCUUCUUGGAAUUGGAUAUGGCACUCUUUACAUCCAGCUACAGGCUUUCCAGGUACGGGCCAUCAUGACCUUAACAACACUCCUGGUCCUCUACACCCUGUUCAACCAAGUGUCCAGCGCCCUCCCGGACACCGCCUACAUCAAGAUGAUCGACAUGUGGUUCUUCUUCUGCAUCUUCCUCAUCUUCAGCGUCAUCGUCGUCCACAUCAGCGUCGAGCGGCUUGAGCCCGGGGAAGCGAGGCCCUCGAAGACGAUUAGCGUGUCGCCAGUACAGCAGAUGCGUCCGGAGGGGAGAUGGCUGCUCAGAAUAAAAAGCAUCACCGCCACUCAGGUCCUGGAGGUCAGCAGGAAGAUAGUGUUUCCUCUCAUCGUGGUUGUCUUUGCCCUCGUGUAUUGGCUGGCUAUUUUUGUCUACUGAGGAAUAAGACUCUUCAUAAACAAACAAGCAAAAAAAAAAAAUGAAUGGGAAGACAGAAGAUUCUCCGCAGGGUCACCCUCGACGGUCCAGUGUGCGAGGCCACUCAGUAAGCUCAGGGCGGAGGUGCUGCUUGUCCCCUUUCUCCUUUUUGGAUCAAAUAAACUCCUUUCUCCUGUCCCUGACCAAUGAAUAUCUUGAUUUCAUGCCCUUGCUGUCCUUAACCAAUCAGGAACUAGGAACAACCCCCGUCCAUCUGGGAUGACCCAGCAUCCCCAUGACCUCGCUGUUAACUUCAGAGGCGACCAUUUAUAGAUGCUAUGUAUAUAUCCUAUAGCUAUACUAUAUAGAUACAUUCUGUGUAACAUUUCUAGACAGGGCAGUUAAGUCUUCUAGUCUUCAGUCGAAAAUCUACAUUCAGUGACACAAUUUCUGUACAUCGAAAGUUU